AUUUUAUCUACAAUAAGCUGCCCAAAAUUCCAUUCCCAAUUUAUGAAGAUUAUGCGAGCGCUGUACCAGUCGCUGAUUAAUCCUUCGUACCUAACCGCCGUCUGCUCCUCCGCAAAACCCUACAAUUUCCGGCAGCUAGCAGUGCGCUGCUUCGUCACUAUGGCCGACGAGUUUGUUAGGGGCAAUGUGCUCCCCAACGGUGUAGCUGUCAUCACUCUCGAUCGCCCCAAGGCCCUCAAUGCCAUGAAUCUAGACAUGGAUAUUAGGUAUAAAAGCUUUCUGGAUGAGUGGGAAUCCGACCCGAAGGUGAAGUGUGUAGUGAUUGAUAGUAGCUCGCCUCGUGCAUUUUCAGCAGGAAUGGAUAUUAAGGGUGUUGUUGCUGAAAUUCGAAAGGACAAAGGUGGUGAUGUGAAGCAGAUUGCAACAAAAAAUCUACAAUCAGAUGUUAUUGAGGUAUUCACUGCUGAAUAUUCUCUGAUAUGCAAAAUUCACGAGUACAAGAAGCCUUAUAUCAGCUUCAUGGAUGGCAUAACAAUGGGAUUUGGUAUUGGUCUAUGUGGUCAUGGUCGUUACCGGCUUAUCACUGAGAAAACUGUUCUUGCUAUGCCAGAAAAUGGCAUUGGUUUGUUUCCAGAUGUUGGCUUUUCAUACAUAGCAGCAAAAAGUCCUGGAGAAGGAGCAGUAGGGGCAUAUCUUGGAUUGACUGGAAAUAGAAUAUCAACGCCUGCUGAUGCUCUGUAUGUUGGCCUGGGAACACAUUAUAUUCCAUCUGAAACCUUGUCAGCACUGAAGGAGAAUCUCUUGGCCACCAACUUUUCUGAAGACCCUGAUCAGGACAUUGGAGCACUGUUGGAAAGAUACAGCAAAAGUCCCGAGUCUGAACCUCGCCUAAAACUGCUUUUACCACGGAUAAUUUCAACAUUUGGAAGUAAAAAGUCCUUGAAGGAGUUACUGAAGGAACUGGAAAGUCAUACAGAAAGUGGGGAUGCCCUGGUGGCUGAGUGGGCGAAAGAUGCUUUGCAAGGACUUAGGAAGGGUGCGCCUUUUUCACUAUGCCUCACUGAGAAGUAUUUCUCAAAAGUUGCCUCUGCUCAAGGCAAGGCUAAUAAUGAUCUGUCGAAGCUGAGUGGUGUGAUGAAAACUGAAUACCGCAUUGCUGUAAGAUCUUCACUUCGAAAUGAUUUUGCUGAAGGGGUCCGUGCUGUCUUAGUCGACAAGGAUCAGAACCCGAAGUGGAGCCCUGGGAGCUUGGAUGAAGUGGAUGCUUCCGAAAUCGAAGCUCUCUUUGAGCCCUUGGGCGAGGACAUCGGAGAACUCAAUGUCUAACCAUCUGCUCCCACCACUUCCCGACUUGCCAUUGCCAUAGCCAUAGAUCGAGAGGGUGCUUUCUUCCAUCGAUCCAUCCAUCCUAUUUGAACAAAUAAAAGGUGUGUUCGACUGUAAUAUGAAUCCUGCUGUAAAGUAAUAUGACAUCUACAGCUCCUGAAAAACCUCGUAACUACGAAGAUUUGAUCUCGAAA